AUGAUUCCGGCGAAACGUGCGGCCUACACUCUCAAACAGUACAUCUUCGACACUUCGGGAGCUUUCUGGUCGCAUUCUCGCCAAGACAUCUCCUUCGGACUUCACACAUUUCGCUGGAUCUCACGCACGAAGGUGGCCACUUUGAUCGGUGAAACAAGAUCCUACGGCGUCCAUCCGGUCUGGAGGCUUCUUCACUUUGGCGCGAACGACGCACACUCUUCCGGCACGCCUAAUGGCUUAAUGGCAUCUGCUCUCCUCCUGCUUCCAGCACCUUCCAACACCUUCCAGCAACUUCCAGCACCUUGCAGCCUUCCAUGCGGUCCGAUUUGUCUGAAUGACCCGGCAGCUGCGUCUGCCAGUUGGACGUAUUCUGCACACGAAGGACCAUUUGUAACAGGCGUCACGAUCGAUUUUUACAAAAUUUGGGCAAUCGUUUUUUUGCAUUUCUUUAUGCACCAAAUGUCGCGAUGA